AAAUUAUUCUAAUUAUUCUUUGGCUAAACAUUCUGUCAUGGUAUCAGAUCCCUAAAACGCACACACACUGCUAUGGCAAUCGGUGAAGAAGACUCUGCUGGACGGGUGCCGGAAAAAAUGUAUUAUUCUUUGCCCUAUUUUUUGGGGCUGCAGGAUCGUCCCGGUGACUCUAUCACACCGGUACGGCUCAGCGGGGAUAAUUAUGAUGAUUGGGCAAACAUAAUGCGUUUGGCGUUGCGAGCAAGACGAAAAUAUGUAUUUGUUGAUGGCACCAUCACCAAGCCUAAACCCCCAUGUACGGAGGACGAUUGGCUCACGAUUCAUUCUAUGUUGGUGUCUUGGAUCCUUAACACGAUUUCUCCGGAUGUGAAAACCACAUUGUCCAAAUACGAGGAUGCUCAGACCUUAUGGGAUGAUCUGCGUGAACGCUUCUCAGCCGUGGAUGGACCAAAAAUCCACCAAGUUAAAUCGGAUUUAGCGAGAUGUACGCAGGCUAAAGGGAUGUUAAUUGGCACCUAUUAUGCCAAAUUAAAAAUCUUAUGGGAUGAACUGAACAACCAUGAACCAAUAAUUGAAUGUAAAUGUGGCCGCUGCACUUAUGAUAUAGGGAAGCAGCAUGAAAAACGUAGGGCGGCAGAACGUUUUCAUCAGUUUCUUAUGGGACUAAAUGAAUUUUUUGGUCCCGUUAGGUCACAACUUUUGAUGGAGGUGCCUCUUCCGUCCCUGAACCGGUCGUACCAACAGACUGUGCAGGAAGAACGUGUGAGAGGUAUGACUAUUAGGUCUGACCCACAGGAGGUUCUCAGAUUUGCCGUCAGCACAGCGGGACGCACAUAUGGACGUGGAAAUAAAAUUGAUAAGGCUGAUCUAGUUUGCUCUUACUGCAAAUAUACUGGCCAUGACGUGAACAACUGCUUUGAACUAAAGGGAUACCCGGAUUGGUGGGGUGAUCGACCAAGGUCCGAUAGCAAGGGAGUUGGACGUGGCAAGGGACCGGUGAAGGGGACUGGAUGCGGCAAGCUGUUGGCAAAAGCUCAUGCAGCAGUAAUGGAGCCCAAUUUACCACAAGAAUUAGCUGAUGGGAAUCAAUCGUCAGGUACGCCAUUGCCCGGGUUUACCCCAGAGCAAUGGCAAGCUUUGAUAUCCGCUUUUGGUAAUCCGCAGUCGGGUCGCAUGGUUCCGCAAGUAUGUUCAAGAUCGGUGAUGGACGUUCGAAUGAUAGCGAGGAUGAAGAAGAUGAAAUGCUACUCUAGUGUAAGACAAUGCUUCUCUUUCACAGACGAGCAGUCUGGGAAAUCAAUUACUUUCUGGUGAAAUGAAGGAGUGUCGAGAAGUUCUUGGAAUCUUGGGAUACCAAUUACUUUUUGUGUUCUACUAUUUAAAUUUGAACUAUAAUGAUAUAGAUUUGUUAAGUCUUUUUGGAGAUACUCUUGACUAUUUCCGCUGCACAUUGUGAAUCUGUGAUUGUGCAUUUAAUUAUGGAAUAUGGAUGCUUAUUUGGAAUUUGGA